GUGUUUGAAAGAAGAAACAGAUCGAUCUCCUUGCUCUCACCACCAUCAUGUUGGCAGCUCAUCUUCGUUGCCUUCCUCUCCUUCCCAGCAGCAGCUUCUUCUUCACUGAACAGAGCAACAGCUACAAAACAGAUCUGCAAUUCUGCAUCUGCUCUCAACCACCACCGUCAACAGCCCUCUCCAACCCCUUGCCUUCCUCCACCGAACAGCAGACAGACCGAUCUCCCUGCUCUCACCACCAUCGUUUUGGCAGCUCAUCUUCCUUGCCUUCCUCUCCUUCCCAGCAACAGCUUCUCCUUCACCGAACAGAGCCGAAUAAUCCCUCGGGUGUGAAGUUCCAAGAGCUGAUUUUCAGAAUCAAAGAGUCAUCGCGUUGUGGACAAUGGCAACAAGUGUUUUCUCAUUAUCUGGAAAUGAAUAGAUCCGGAGUUCAGUCACCAGACCCUUCAGUCUUCCCUUCAAUACUCAAAGCAUGCCUUAACCUCUCCUCCGGGUCUGGAAAAUCUGUCCAUGCAUCUUUGAUCAAGCAAGGAUGUGUAUUAUUUGCUUCCGUUGGGAAUUCCAUUAUGGACUUCUACAUCAAAUCUGGGGACAUGGAAUCAGCUGUGUUUGCUUUUGAUUCCCUGGGAAGCAGAGUCGACUCAGUUUCUUGGAAUAUAAUGAUCCAUGGCCACCUUGAUCUGGGUUUUGUGCGAGAAGGACUCUGGUGGUUUAGACAGGCUAGGAUUGAUGAGUUCGAACCCAAUACUUCCAUCUUGGUGUUUCUUGUUCAGGUUUGCCGCAGUGUUGUUGCUUAUCAUACAGGAUCUGAGGUUCACGGAUACUUAAUAAGGAGUGGGUUUUCUGCUAUUAAUUCCGUGCAGAACUCAUUGCUGUCUUUGUAUGCAGACGGGGACAUGGAGUGUGCACGUAAACUGUUUGAUGAAAUGUGCGAGAGAGAUGUUAUUUCUUGGAAUGUGAUUAUUGUGGGUUAUAUACAGACUGAGGAACCUCAAGUUAGCCUGCAGUUGUUUCGAGAAAUGUUGUCAGUGGUUGGAAUUCAACCAGAUGGCAUAACAGUGGCAAGUAUUCUAAAGGCCUGCACUAAAGUGGGAGACAUUCACAUGGGAAAAGUAGUGCACGGAAUGGUUAUGGGUAAAGGUUUUAAUGAUGAUUUGUUCAUUGGGAACUCCUUGAUUGAUAUGUAUUCCAAGUGUAAGGAUGUUGACUCUGCCUUCUGUGUUUUUUGUGAGAUGCCAAGGAAGAACAAUGUUUCAUGGAAUUCAAUCAUGUCUGGAUUUGUUCUCCAUGGGAAGUAUUCAAGAGCUCUAUCACUGUUCAACUUAAUGUGGAAGGAAGGAGUUCAGGAGGAUGAGGUGACUCUUGUGAAUCUUCUUCAAGUAUGCAAAUACUUUAUGCGGGGCUUUCUCUGCAAAUCUGUUCACUCUGUGAUGAUUCGACGUGGUUAUGAAUUAAAUGAAUUGGUAGUAAAUUCUUUACUUGAUGCUUAUGCAAAAUGCAACCUUGUAGAUAUUGCAUGGAAACUUUUUGAUGGGCUGAAAAGAAGGGGUGUGGUCCUGUGGAGCACAAUGAUAGCAGGCUUAACUCACUGUGGCAGGGCUGAUGAAGCGAUUAGAAUAUUUAACGACAUGACCAAGGCAGAAGAGAGGCCUACCACCAUUACUAUCAUAAAUCUGCUCGAAGGUUGUUCUAUUUCAGCUGAACUGAAAAUGUCAAAAUGGGCACAUGGAAUUGCAAUUCGAAGUGGCUUGGCUGCAAAUGUAGCUGUUGGAACUGCAAUUCUUCAUAUGUACUCAAAAUGUGGUGCUGUAGAGACAUCCAGAAAGGUUUUUGAUCAGAUUCCUCUAAAAAAUAUAGUGUCAUGGAGUGCCAUGGUAGCAGCAUAUGGCAUAAAUGGACUCCCUAGAGAAGCCUUGGCGUUGAUUGCGGAAAUGAAACUGCAUGGGAUGAGGCCAAACACCGUGACAGCUCUUUCAGUGCUCUCUGCAUGUAGUCACGGGGGGUUAAUUGAAGAAGGGCUUGCCUUCUUCAAAUCAAUGGCGCAAGAUCAUGGCAUAGAACCUGGUUUGGAGCAUUACUCGUGCCUCAUUGACAUGUUGGGUCGAGCAGGGAUGCUUGAUGCUGCAAUUGAAUUGAUUGACAAGAUGCCUAACGGUCUGAAGGCCAGUGGAAGCGCAUGGGGUGCCAUUUUAAGUGCUUGCAGAACCUAUGGCAACAGUGAGCUUGGCACCAAAGCUCUUGCUCACCUUCUCAAGAUUGAACCCUUCAACUCUUCUGGAUAUUUGCUGGCAUUUAGCAUGCAUGCUGCUGACAGUUCGUGGGAUGAUGCGGCAAGGAUGAGGGUGGUAGUGUCUGAAAGGGGCUUGAGGGUUUCUACUGGGUACAGCUUGGUUCAUGUUGGUAACAAGGAUUGUAGAUUUGUUGCAGGAGAUUGCUCCAACGCAAGAGCUGGUGAUAUAAGCAACAUUGUUAAGCAGCUGCACGGUUGCUUUGGCAUCAAUGAAAGGACUGAAUUAGGUGAUGUCUAAUUGUAUAAAAUGAGUUUUUUUUUUUUUUUUAGAAAUAGAAUUUCAUUAAUGUA